CGGCUUGCAUGGAAGCGCACUCUAAGAAAAUUUCAGGGGUAGCGUAGCGGUGCCUCCACUUCUGUUUCGAUAACUCUGGCCAUGGCUUCGCUUCCGCGAAUUGAUCCCGCGCAGGUCCUCGCUCACGAAUUUCCAGAGUCUCUCUUCACAUACACAGAAAGAGAUGUAGCCCUAUAUGCUUUGGGAGUGGGAGCAGCUAGCUCGGAUCCAUGCGAUCCUUCCGAACUUUCAUACGUGUAUCAUCCAGAUGGUCAGUCAUCUAUCAAGGUCUUGCCUACUUUUACUGUGCUGUAUCCUGUUGGAUUCCUUGACCUCAUCGGCAGUAUAUCAGGCUUGCACUAUGAUCCCAAAUUACUACUUCACGGGGAGCAGUAUAUUGAAGUGUAUCAGCCUAUUCCAGUUAAUGCGACGAUACGAAACAAUAUUCGCAUUGCAGGUCUUCAUGAUAAGGGUAAAGCUGCUGUUGUUGAAUUGGAGACAGUCAGUCACAAUGAUGACACUGGGGCUCUUCUGUGCAUGAACAGGAGUACUAUAUUUCUCCGUGGAGCUGGAGGGUUUUCAACCUCAGAGAUACCAUUUUCUUUUUCGAAUCGUACAUCUCUAAUUGCAGGUGUAGGUUCCAGGACUGCUGCAAAGAAGGAUGUUUCAGCAGGAGGGACCAGUCCUGAUAGGGUUUUUGAAGAUCACACUCACCCAUCGCAAGCAUUGUUAUACAGGUUAAAUGGAGAUUAUAACCCUCUGCAUGCAGACCCCUCAUUUGCCAAAAAAGCUGGGUUCCCUCAACCUAUCCUGCACGGUUUAUGUACACUUGGAUUUGCAACAAAGGCAGUCGUAACAGGUUUUUGUGGAGGAGACCCAAGCAAUGUGCAGUCAGUGCAAGGUCGUUUCUUGCUGCACGUGUUCCCAGGGGAGACGCUCGUCACUGAAAUGUGGAAAGAUGAAGGUCAAAACAGGGUGGAUUAUAAGCUUAAGGUCAAAGAACGCAAUAAGGUUGUCCUCUCUGGGAGUAUCAUCCUGCGGUCGACAUUGUCACGAUUGUGAGAGAAAGAGAUAUAUAACAUGUCUAUGCAAUUCCGUCUUAAGGAGUGCAAUGGAGGUAUCCUUUAGGUAUGCUACCUCUCGGUUGAUAACGUCUCCAAUGAAGUGCUCAUGUGAAAGAAGUGUCAUGGUUUAUGCUACUAUUAGUGAGUCGCAAGAUUUGAAGUGGUUGAUACUCAAGGGCGAAAAAUGACUUGGGACACAUAAGUGGUUGGGCAGGUAUCAUCAGAGAAUUAAUUAUUGCAUCAACUUUGAAGUCUUUCUUCUCAAACUAGAUUCAGUGUGUUGCACUACCGGCCGUAGUUACGAAAACUCCAUUACAAAGAUGUUCUUGCUUAGUCCCUGCACUUCAAACCACUUUUAACACGCAAUAACAUUCAAUCUUGACAGCU